AUGUUCCGCGCGCCCGAGCCCUCGCGGCAGACGGGCGCGUCCGCCGCGAAGGGCGGGCGACGCCUGUCCGGCAGGCCGUGCUGGAACUUCGCCAAGGGCCAGUGCGCGUUCGGCGACGCUUGCGCGUACCUGCACGACGACGUCGCAUCAGAUUCCCGGGGCCCCGCUCGAUGUCGCUCGGACGAGACGACGUCGACGUCCGACCGCGACGGCGCCGUGGACGAACCCCGGGUUCCGCUGAGGUACUUCACGCACAAGUCGCGGGCGCAACUCGGCGCGGACCCCGGCCGCUCGCUGCUCGCGCGCGUGCUGGAGCGCGAUGGCGUGUUCGAGCCGACGCGCGACGUAUCGAGCUGCGCACUCUUCUGGGGAUGCGCAUCCCCGACGGGGCCGCUCCUCGCGAACUUACCUCCCGACGCGUUCGUCAACCACUUCCCGGGGACCACCGCGAUCACGCACAAGCAUACGCUCGCGAUGAUGCUGCGGCGACACCCCGAGGGCGACGCCGUCGCGCCGAGAACCUUCGUGCUGCCCGCGGAGGCGAACGAGUUUGCCGCCUUCGACGACGCCGACGACUGCGAAAAGGGCGGCGCCGGUUGGAUCGUCAAGCGAGCCGUCGGCGGCGAGGGACGCGGCACGAUCGUCGCACGCACCGCCCGCGAGGCGCUGGAGCGGACGCGAGGCGCCGACCGGGGGUAUCGCGCAUGUUCUCGACACGCCGAGACGUGGGUCGCGCAGCGCUACGUUCGAGAUCCGCUGACGCUCGCGCCCCGCUCGGGCUCGGACCGCCGCAAGGUUGACCUGCGCGCGUACGCGCUGCUGACGCGUUGGGACCCAAACGACGGCACCACGCGAGCGUACGUGCACCGCGACGGCUUGGUCCGGUUCGCGGCGGCGCCGUGGGACCCGAGCGAUUCGUCGUCGCUCGCCGUGCACCUCACCAACAACGCGGCGGCGACGGCGCGGACACACGAAGGGGGUGCCGAAGGGGGUGCCGAAGGGGGUGCCGACGACCGCGUGACAUGGGACCCCGACGCACACUUCAAGCGCAACUGGUCGUUCGAGACGUUGGCGUCCGAGCUCGACGCCGAGCUCGGAGUCGGGAGCUACGAGCGCUUGUGGGAAGGGGUGCGGCGGUGCGCGAGAGCGGCGCUGGCUUCGCUGCCGCGACGGGGCGAUUGGGGCGAUUUGGGCGGGAACGAGUCGCUGUCGGUGGGGGACGACGGGAGGAAUCUUCGACGCUUCGAGCUCCUGGGCCUGGACCUGCUCGUGGACGAACGCCUGCGCGUGUGGCUGUUGGAGGUGAACAGCGCGCCGACGCUCGCGGCGGGGACCAAGCUCGGGGGCCGGGUGUCGGGGACGCACCAUCGCGUAAAGGCGGGGCUCUUGGCGGACGCGAUGAACCUGUUGGGGGUGGGGCUGGAAGACGCCGGCGGCGCCGAGGAGGAGGUCGAGCGCGCGGCUCUGGGUGGGUUUCAGCUCCUGUGA